CAAUAAAUAUAAACAAAGCUAAAAACCCGCCGGCAGAGCACGAUGGAUGAAAACAAAGACGCCAGCUUGCUGGUGAUUGUGCUCGAUACCAACCCAUCGCAGCGAAUAAUACGUGAAAAACCUCACAAUCUCACCCAGUGCCUGGACUCGAUCGUGGCAUUUGCAAAUGCGCACCUUAUGCAAAAGGCACAAAAUAAGCUAGCAGUUUUGGCUUGCCAUCAUCAUGCAACGCAAUUCCUAUAUCCAACACCCGGUAAACCGCUCGACAUCCGGCAGGUCGAUGGGCAGUACGAAGUGUUUACGCUGGUGGAGAAAACAAUCAAACAGAAGCUAGCGCACAUGAUCAACACAGCACCACCGCUAACAACACCGACGGAAUCGCUUCUAGCUGGCAGCAUGUCGAUGGCACUGUGUUACAUUGCUCGUAUAAAUCGCAACAAAGUACCGGGUACGAAAAUAAACGCCCGUGUACUGGUGGUGACGGGCAGUAACGAGUGUGCCUCCCAGUACAUGACCUACAUGAACGUGUUUUUCACAGCCCAAAAGCAGGGUGUCGUUAUCGAUGUGUGUGCGCUCGACAAGGCGCUUAGUUUACUUCAGCAGGGAUGCGAUAUUACCGGCGGACAGUAUCUGCGGCUGGAACAACUCGAAGGCUUUCUUCAGUAUCUUUUGUGGGUAUUUCUGCCAGAUCCGCAGAUGCGCUGCAAGCUCGUUUUACCGCCACCGGUGAAGGUUGAUUACCGUGCCGCGUGCUUCUGCCAUCGGGAAUUGAUCGAUAUCGGUUACGUGUGUUCCGUGUGUUUGUCUAUCUUCUGCAAAUUCAGUCCCAUAUGUACCACUUGCCAUACCGUUUUCAAGGCACCGGCACCGAUCGCAGCCAAACCGAAGAAAAAGAAACUUAAAACAUAAAUAUUUACAUUUACUACAAG